GCGACAGCUGUAAGUCUGUAUCUGCCAGGCCAUCAGGAAAAACCUCCCCUCCGAAAUCGAGGUAAUUUUCAUGUUUCCGGAAUCUGUAUACCGAAUGUGUUGAAACGUACCAUUUCUUCUUCCAGAACCGUUCGCUGGAAGACCACAGCAUUGGAUUUUACCAGUCUUGCUAUGACAAGGCUCACGUAGCGGUUAUAAGUGGAAGUUCUGGAAUGAGACAAAACGAUAAGUGGUCAUUAAAAUGGCAAGCAAACCUUAGUCAGACUCCUGGAGUGUUUCGUCGACGCGAACGACGAGCUCGGGAUAUGCAACCAACAGUCCCCAGACGUGCGUCAACGCUAAAUUCUGCAGCACCAUUGUCUCUCAUAGGUUAUACGGCGGACCUAUACUCAGACUCGCGCAAGCACGGAUACCAGGGACCAGUGAGAAAUGUCCGCUUACACCGUGCCACCACCAAUAGCGGAGGAACGAUAGCGAAGAGUGAAGAUGGUCUAAGAUGCGUCGUUGCAGGACGAGAAUCUCUGCGCAUCUUGCGUCUGUCUGAUCCAGAAGAUGUUAUCAAUAAUGACCAUAAAGCCUCUUUUGGUCGCGGUGGACAUCGUAUCGAAGCGUCGCGGAACGUAUGGGAUGGAUGUGGCUUGAAGAUCGAUAGUGCAAGUACUGAUGUUGCCUGGUGCCCCACUUGCGGCCUGCUGGGAGUUUGUCACCACAGAUCUUGUUGAGACAACUACACGCACCGUACUUGGCAUUGCCAGCCCUGUUGAUAUCCCACAUAAUAAGAUCCCCAUUCCGCGCGCUUGUGAGAAUCUUGUUGUUAUAGCCUUCAAAGGAGAAUGAAGCACUGAAUGUCGGAGUAUGGGCAGCUGCUUA